GUUUAUUUCCGGAAGUAAGUUGUCAGUGUCAAGCUUUUCCCUUAAAAAAACCUCACGUACGUCUCACAGCAACGACAGCCUCUUUAGGUGUGUCCUCUUCACACUCUCAGGAUGGCUCAUUGGUUUCAUAGAAAUCCUCUGAAGGCAACAGCACCUGUGUCCUUUAAUUUCUACGGAGUGGCAGGGAGCCCCUCUGCCAAUAAGAUAUGCAAUGACUUGAGGACAACCAGGGCGAGGCUGCUGGAGAUGUUCACCGAUGUCACCUGCAACCCUGAGAUCAUGAAAAAUGCCACAGAUGCGUACUUUGGCCUCCUACAAGGCUUUAUCUUAUCCUUGGAUGGGACUACACAAGAGAACAAGAUGAGGUUCAUCCAGAACUUCAAAUGGACUGACACCUUACAAGGAAACACACCAAGUGCCCAGCAAGAUGCAAUCUUUGAACUGGUCUCCAUGGCCUUCAAUGUAGCCGUCUGGUAUACCAAGUUUGCCUCGAGACUAGCAGGGAAAGAAAACAUUUCGGAGACCGAGGCGAAAGAUGUUCACCGGAGCCUGAAGGUUGCUGCUGGAAUAUUCAAAAACCUCAAGGAGGUCCACAUCCCUCGUCUCAUCACCCCCGCUGAAAAGGGCCAAGACCUGGAGCCCAGAGUGAUUGAUGCAUAUAUCAUCCAGUCCCAAGCAGAAGCACAGGAAGUGACAAUUGCCAGAGCGAUCGAACUGAAGCAUAAUGCCACGAUCGUCGCAGCGUUGUCAUUCGAGACGGCAAACUUCUAUCAGAAAGCUGACCACACGCUGAACACCUUGGAGCCAGAGUGCAGCAGCAAGUGGAGGAAGUACUUCCAGCUGAAGCAGCACUUCUACAUGGCUUAUGCGUACUGCUAUCAUGGACAGACGCUGCUGGCAGGUGACAAGUGUGGUGAAGCUAUCAGAUCUCUCCAGGAAGCAGAGAAGUGUUACUCCCGUGCCGAGGCGCUGUGUAAAGAGUACCGUCAGACCAAAGGCCCGGGAACCACGGCCAAACCUUCGGAGCAGCUGUUCUUUCUCAAAUUGGGCGGCCUCAUUAAAAACACACUGGAGAAAUGCGAGAGAGAGAAUGGCUUCAUAUACUUCCACAAGAUCCCAGCUGAGGCGCCCCAGCUCGAGUUGAAGGCGAGUUACGGCCUGGCAGAGCCGAUCUCCUUUGAGAUGCCGCCCCUCAGUGAGCAGUGCAGCGCUGAAGUUUACGCCACCUUUGACCUGACCAAGGGAGCCAAAAAUGACAAGGCCAAACCCAAGGAGGAGGAAGUGAAACCAGUGAAGGAGCCAGAUUUGAAGCCUCAGAAGGACACAGGCUGUACAAUCUCCUAAACAUCCCACACCCCCUAUUCUUAUUUUCAGCCUCAGUGCUUCAGUACCAUCAAUUAUAAUGAUGGAUUCCAUUUUUCUUUCCAUGUAAAAAAAACCUCCAUAGGAAGAAAUGUUGUUUUUUUUUUGUUGUAAUAUUAAUCCACUGUGUUUUACAUUUAUGCUGAACAUGUGUAGUGUACUUCAUUAUGACAGCCACCUAUUUUUUUUUCUAUGCCAGAGCCAGUUAAACAUCUUAGCAUGCGACCAUGUCCUCUGAACAGCAGCUCACAUUUGAUGAGAAUUAAUGGAAACAGCUCGACAUGAAGAAAAACAUUUUUUAAAAAGAUGGGACAGCGUUUUUUUUUUUGUUUUUUUUCAGGUCAGCUGAAAAGGAUGACUUUCAAAUUAGCUCUUCACAUGCAGGCAGUUUUAAGCUGAAUGAUGAUAAACAAGCCUUAUGAGUGAAGCAGUCCCUAUUAAUGGUGCCUUUGGCUGCAAUGUAAACUAUUCACUGUGGCCCCUUGUAACAAAAGAUGAGUGUUUAGACUUUAUCGCACGGAGCUCUGGCCUGAAAAUCAGCAUAUUAAACCAAAUCCAAAUAAAAGAUGCAACAGCAUUCAAAAAAAGGAAAAGAAAAAAGAAAAAAAAGACAGUUAUUCCACCCAGAGUAUUUACCACUACAAGAGAAUGAGAUACAACUCCAAAAUGCAUUCCCACAAUCAUCCUGUAUAUUAUUCUAAUACUUUAAUGAGCAUUUGAAUGCAUUUUAAGCUAAAGAUUUGUUCAAGAAACGCCUCAUUAAACACACUUCUGACAAUGAACACAACAGAAAUGUAAAUCCACACUUUGCAUUUGCAUUGUUUUUUAGCUGUAGCAGUUUACAAUCACUAUCUAGUCUAGCUCACAUGAUGUAUCUACUGUAGUUCUUUUUUUUUUUUUUUGUACAUGACGUAGCUGUUUUUCUACUUUUUACUAUAAUUGAUUUAAGAGAACUUUCUUACUGGAGAAGGCUGAUAUAUAUUCUUUAACAUGUUGUGAUG